AUGUCGACUCAUGCUCUUCAGUCUUUGACCAAUCUCAUGCUAGCUCAGGCCCAGGAGUGUGUGUGGCAAAAAGCCGCGAUUGAUCAACUACGAGAUGGCACCAUUGCACGACUGGCCAGCAAAGUAGCUGAAUAUUACGAUGCUGCCUAUGAAUUAGCCACCAAUUCAUCGAUUCAAAACGUGUUUCCCAAAUCCUGGUCUACUCACAUGCAAGUGAAAGCCCUCCACUUUAACGCCGCGUCCCAGUUUCGAAAAGCAUGCGAGUGUAUUUCGCAAAAUCGCUACGGUGAAGAAAUUGCACGAUUGCAGUUGGCACAGACAUAUACCAGACGAGCCUUUGACUUGGUCAAAUCCUUUUUCAAUGGCACCCCCAACGUCAGCACUGCGGUAAUGAACGAUUUACGAUCCUUGCAACAAAUCAUUCAAACCAACCUUGCGCGCGCCAUCAAAGACAACGAUAUCAUUUACCUCGAAGUGAUUCCAUCCGCUUCGUCCCUCUCGCCCAUUCCUAAAUCCGGUAUGGUCAAACCUGUACCACCGAAAGAAAUCUCGGAUCCAGUAUCGCUGUUACUGACCGACCAUCGAGCCGCCGAUAUCAAACCUCAUCCGGUUAUUGGGCUGCCUCUGUUUCAAAAAUUGGUUCCUUUUGCUGUCCAUCAAGCAGCAAGCGUUUACGUUGAUCGCAAAGACCGGGUUUUGAAGGAAGAUAUUAUUGCACGUUUGGAAGAAUUGACGGCGGUUUAUCACAGUACCUUGCAAUCAUUAGGUAUCCCAUCCUUGAUGGCCAUUGCACAGCAAAAAGUCGGUUUGCCGGAGACGCUUGUUCAACAGGGUGAAGAAGUACGACAGGAAGGCGGUUCCGCAUUGCUAUUCACCAUGUGGGAUAACGUUCAAAAAGCAUCCGCACAUAAUGGUCGCAUACUUGAUGAAGCCUUUAAUGCUUUGGACGAAGAGCAUGAACUGGACGAAACAUUUCGUUUGCGUUACAAAGAGAAAUGGGUACGUCCUCCAUCGAGCACCCUGACAGCAAAAUUGGUUGCUGCUGGUCAGAAACAUCGGACGACUUUAGUUUCGGCCCAAAAGGCCGAUCAGAUCGUUCGAGGGAAGCUCAAUACGUGGGCCAAGAUCAUCGACGUUUUGGUGCUGCCUCGAAAUGAUCUCGAAGCCUCGAUUCCUUCAGCCACAGAUACAGAUGAGUCUCGGACCCAAGUAUUAGCGCGUAUCAAGCAUCGCAUGGAGGAUAUGCACGGUCACCUCAGCAUACGAAGAGACAUUGUGGACCGUGCAAAAAAGCUGUCAAACGCAGACGAUAUUUCGCCCGCCUUGCUAAGAAAAGCAGCUCAGCUAACGGCGAAAUCGCCGAUAGUCAAGAUUGAUCCGGCCCAAUUUGAAGAUUUAUUCGUUGAAGAAUUACGGAAAUACGAUGAAUUACUGAUGAAAGUCGACGAGGAAGAUGAGUACCAAGCAGACGUACUACGACGGAUUGGGGAAGAUCAUCAUGCCUACAUGGCCCAGAAUUCAACCGAAACAGCCACCGCGAAACGGGAAAAGGCUCUUCAGAAUCUCGGUCAGGCUUAUGUCAAAUUCAAAGAGAUCAAAACCAACUUAUCGGAAGGCAUCAAGUUUUACGGAGAUCAUGCCAAUGGUCUGUUGAGUUUCCGUGACACUUGCAUAGAGUAUAACCGUCGACGACGUUUGGAGUCUGAUCAGAUCAUAGAGUAA